AUGUCCAAUCAAGCUUCCGUCCGUGGCAACACCAGAGGCCAGCCUCUACAGUUUCUUGUCGUUGGUGCUGGCCUCGGAGGGCUGACCGCUGCCAUUGCGUUGAGAAGGGCGGGGCAUCGUGUUACGGUCACGGGUUAUGACAAAGAUGGCCAGUGUGUUGGAAAAGCUGACUACACGGCUCUCGCCAAGGGCUGGCAGCAUAAAUACUUGUUGGCACAUCGUGUUGACUUACACGCUCAGCUGAAAACCGCAGCAGUCUCCCUUGAUGGCGCUGGACACCCCGUGAAAUUGAGAGUAGCUUCACGCGUCGCUGACUUAGACCUCCAACAAGCUACAAUAACACUUGUCGACGGAACAGUUAUUGCAGGCGAUGCAAUCAUUGGAGCUGAUGGAAUUCAUUCCACGACACGAGCGAAACUGACAUUUGUCCGACCUGAACCUUCUGGAAAAAGCGCCUUUCGUUUUCUUCUCAACCGCGCAGACAUGAUAAAGCACCAGGCAAUUGAUCAGGCUAUAAUUGCAGAAGGGGAGCUGGUUUUUUGGUUGGAUGCCGACCGUUGGAAAGAUGAUGAUAGGAGCUGGAACCGCUCUGGCUCCCAACAGGAUCUCCUUCGAGAAUAUGAGGGAUUCGACGAGCGCGCGUUGGCAUUAUUGCGCAUGGCAGACCCGUCGACGCUCAAGGUGUGGCGACUCAUGGAUAUGGACACUGUCGAGGAUUGGUGCAGGGAUAGGUUCUGUCUCCUUGGCGAUGCCGCUCAUCCUUUCCUCCCGCACCAAGGCCAGGGAGCGGCGCAAGCAAUGGAAGACGCCGCAUCACUGGGCGUCAUCUUCCCGGCCGGUACUGGUGCAUUUGUGGUGCCAUCAAGACUCAAACUGUAUCAGCAGUGUCGCAAGGUGAGAGCGGAGACGGUCCAAGGAUUGACACGACAGGCCGGCGCAGACAUUCGUGGCUUAGAGUCUGCUGGCAAGAAAGUAGACCGCAUGACGGAGCUCAUCCAGAUCAACUGCGGCUACGAUGAGCACCAUAACUCCAUCCAUAUGCUGCGUAUCUGGGAGAACAGCAACAACCCCCCCAAGCUCUGGCGGAUGCCUGUGUCGUUUGGGCCUGCGUCCGGUCCCCGCCAAUCUCUCCUCGGCUCUGCUCGCCGUUGGUCCAACAAGGGAUCAAGUUUCGUUUCGCGGACCAUUAAAUUCAAGACUUCCCGUACAUUGCUCCAAAACCUACUCCCAAAUUCGUCCUUUUCUUUUCAGUCACCUGACAGUGUUGCAUUCGCAUCCUAUGUCCACACCUCGUUGCAGAAUCUGGACUGGCUUGGUGGCAAGGGCUACGACUACGUUGCCUUUUUACUGCACGGUAUCGUGUACCGGAAAAAAGAUGGCUCUACCGUCACAGGAUCUUUUGUGGCCGUCAUGUGGGAGAAUCUGACGGACCCCAUCCUGACCGGACGAGAAGAACUCGGAUGCCCCAAGCUAUUUUGCGACAUUGGAGUCCAGCAAAACGCCAGCAGCUACCUGAUGGAGGCGAGCUGGGCAGGAGGAGCUCCAUUUCUCAAGCUGCAGAUGGAAGGCAUGAGAGACAAGCAAGUCUCUGAAGCGGGUGAUGACGGUGCACUUUUCUUCUACAAGUACAUUCCCGCUACGGGAAGGCCCGGUGUUGCCGACGUUGCGUACCCCGUCUGUGUCCCGAACCCAAUCUGUCGAACCAUCAACCGUGUCCAGACCGCGCGGACGGCGAACGUUAUAUUUGAUGCGCUCAAUGAAGAAAGGCUCCCCACCCUGAAUCAUAUUGUGGGUAGGUUGGCGGAAAUUCCUCUGUUUGAACUGGCUGAGGCAACCGUCGCCGAGGGAGUAGACGUUCAGGACUUGUCGACAGCCUACAGAAUCGAGUAG